UUCCCUUACAGCUUCUUUCGCUCCCUCCGAUCUUCCCUCCUUUUUAUGUUUCCCUACAAUCAUUCACAUUCACAUUGCGCAGUCCCUGCACCUGCUGUGCUGUACCCACUGUCGUUGUUGUCAAUUGACUUGCGUGCAUUUGUUGGCUUUUCGAAGGUUGUGAAGAGUCAUGUUAUUACAUCGUUAGUGUUUGUCAACCAUACAUACACACGCUUUCGUAUUGAGCCUGCAUCAGCGAAUAUAUACAAGACUCUCUGCAAUAGCCUUUGAUGGUAUUGUUUACAUCGCAUCAUGAAGAACCGAAAGUCGGCCGCUUGGUCUAAGAGAGUCAAAGGAAGACCACCUUUAAUUAAGAGCAUCCCAGUCGAGGCCAGUGUGCCACAACCUGAUGAAAAUGAGUGUGUCGGUUGUGGAACUAAGGAAGAGAUCCUCAUUGCCUUACCAAGGGACACGAAUCCCAAAGAUUUGUUCCCCAAAUAUGUGAACGACACAAGUCGUGGCUGCAUUAGCUGCGUGUACCACGCCAUACAAGUGCACCAAGUGCGAGAAGCAAUGUCCUACAAACUGGACGAUUAUGAACAUCCGAAGCAUUGUUGCUUGGUCUGCAAUGCCACCUCAGGACUGAUGCCCAUGAGUUCCGUGGAAGGGGCCAGAGAAGCUAUCAGCCACUCAACCAUCAAUGCCCCAAACAUCAAAAAGUACCUGAAAGUUCAAUGCCGCCUCUGCAUUUCGUGUGCCUAUCCUUUGCAGUGGCUUUACAAUACUUUCCUGGCAAAGAGGAGCACAUCAAGUAAUCUCUCACACAUCACAAGAAAAAAGGGUGUACCGAUGUCUAAAGCAGAGCCAAGACUGACACCAGCAAUCCAGAGCAGCGGAAGAACAGCUAAAAGGUCAGCGUCGGCUUUAAUAGUUGUGAAAAAAGAGGUGCUUAGCAGUGAUCUAUCUGAUGAAGAAAAUACAAAAUCAUCCAGGAGAAAAAGCAUCUCUAAUGUUCCAGCUAAAACUAGCAAGUCAAACGCUCACGACGUAACGAUACAAAACGGACUUGCGCAAACUCGAGCCAGGAGAAAUGUCAAAUUGGAGAUCAAGGUGGUAGAAGUUGAAGAUUCUCCUGCAACAAAACAAAGGACCAAAAAAGCUACUCAGAUAUCAACAGCAACCAGAACAAGGCGGGUAAAUCCAAUCAAAAAAAUGGCGUUUGAAUCCGAGGAGGAAGUUGGUUCUCCGCCUCCUCUAAAGAAAUCCAAGGCUGAAGGAAGACAAAGCCGUCUGCGAACAAGAGCACUUCCUCGCGUAACCAAAACAACAGCUAAACAAUCCACAAAGGGUUCCAUUGCGCCUAAGAGUAUAAAGGGCAAUGCCAAAAGAGUGAGACCAAGGUUUCUGCGCCCAUCUCUGAGCCCCCCUCCCAAGCUGAUGAACCGCAGGAACACCGAGCCGCAGGAGAGGGUUUGCGAAACAUGUCAGCAGAUUUUCUACUCUGGGUUAGAGCUUGCUUUGCAUGAACUUCGGCACACAGGCAAAGUGCUUAGGGUCAGCCUGGACCGGUAUGAAAUUCCAGAGCCCUUGCAGAAAAUGGACAGCAGCUACCUCUUUGAAUCGCCAGUUAAUUUAGCCGGGCCAUCCCAGUCUCUGAAAAUGAAUGAAAAUGAGAAACUGCAGUUCGAGUUCAGUGAGCCUGAACAAUUGACCGAAACUCAAAACAAACCAGAAGAGGCUGAUGUUCAAGAAGAGGAGAAAGAGGUCCCUGCAGAAGAGCAAGUGCCAUUUGAGGUUGACUCGAGAGACAACAGCAUGGAUAAUACUGAUUCGCAUGAUGUUGUUGGAAAUCUGAUCGAUAGCCUGAAGGAUCCAACUGAUGAUGAUACCCUGGCCAAAGAAGUGCCAGAACCCCCAAGAGCAACACUCAUUACAAAUAUGCUAUCAUUUGACUUCUUUGCGCCGAGUAGUCCUAAGGAGUCUCGAAAGUCGGUGGACAACUCGCCGUGUGAAGAACUGAAGACUCCUCCUCCAGUGAUAGGCAGCCUUUCCUUUGACUUUUAUGGACCUGACGAUGACUCGCCAUCUAAGAACCAUAGCAUGUUCGGCGCUGCCCAUGUAGAUCCAGCUCGGGCUCUAAAGUUAAACUCAGCCAACCCCUCAAUGCCCAUUCCCUCUGAUUCGGAUAGUUCAUUCAUAACCCCGCCCAAAGUGCGGCCGAUUGAGGUUGAGCAAACACUUGACGAUCCUUUAAUCUAGAUUUUUCCUCUUCACUAUGAUUGGGGGUGCAAGAUACAUUUCUACGCACCUCUCCCUUAUCGAUUAACUAAGGUAGUUUUACCAAUUAUUUGAUUCGACACAUAAAAUGUAUAUAUGCUCAUUUGGCAAGUGUGCAAGAUUAUGUUAUGGGAUAAAUACUUAACAGCUUAUUAGAUUCAAAAUAUAAAAUUCAUAAAUUUUAUGAAACCCGUCUUAAAUUCAUAAAUAUGUCCUGUGAACUCGAACGUGUUCAGCGAUUUACUGCAACGCCUGUUUCUCUUGAGACCCAGUCUGCAAAUUUGCUUAGGUCCGUAAACACAAAAUAGUUUUUUGGGUCACACGAGGCUGUUGUCGAGUCCUGCAAGGAUAAACUAACCAUUCCUCGCAAGAACCACUGUCCAGGGCUGCCUAUGGCUUGGGAGUAGAAUCCACCACCGCUGUCUCCGUUGCAAGGGCCAGAACCUGUAUUCAGUCCAAAGAAAUAAAAAAUUAUUCUCUGAUGUU